GAGUGCAAACCUGAGCAGCCUCGUGGCUCUCACCACCUUGCGAGUGAGUCCACAUCAAUAGCGCCAUCUCCGACACAUCGCGUACCGUCAAACGACACGAUACCGGCAGAAUGCGCGCACAACGAUCAACACUAGCGCUGCUCGCGCUCCCGGCCGCAACCCUCGCCGUAUCGCUCAUGGACUUUCCCCCAACCGUGACAAGUCUACCAUCAGCAUGUCAGAACGUGUAUACCAGCACCAUCACCGGUUGCCAACCAGCCGACUUCACAGGCACGAGCGGCUGCAGCUCAAACUGUCUUUCCGCGCUAGGCGCACUCCAACCGAAAGUCCAGAGCGCAUGCGCUUCGAUAUCCGACCAGAAUAACAUACUCGGCGCGUUCAUAAUAGGCAAAGGCGCCGCGGCGAUAUGUCCGAAUGCGCCGGCGCCGGCGCCGUCGGCCACCUUCACCUCAGCGACCUCGAGCAGUACGUCUAGCACUCCUAGCUCGACGGCACAGAAGAGUACGGUCACGGUGCGGAGUACGGCCUCGACGACGGCCACGUUGGCGAUUAUUAGUAGUACGAUGACUGCGAGUUCGUUGACAGCGACGUCUGCGACGAUGAAUUUGGACACGAGUACGAGUACGAGUACGAGUACGAGUCCGAGCAUGAGCGCGAGCUCUUCGACAUCGUCAAGCACGACUUCAUCCUCAAGUUCGAUGUCAUCGUCAAUAUCAAAAACAACAACAUCAAUACCGACGACGACGACGACGACGACGACGACGCCGCCGUCAUCCGCGCAAUCAACAAGCACCACCGGACUGGUCAUAGACACAUCCAGCUCACCGAUCGCUCAGACCUCGACCAGUACCGCCCAAGGCAGCUCACAGACCGCCAACGGCGGCAACGGUCAAAGCGGCGGCAGCCCGUUCGACACACAAGUUAACCAGAACUCUGGUACGGGUUCGGUUGUGCACUCGCUGUCGAGUGCCGUUGUGAUGCUUGGGUUGGUGGGUUUCGCUGGCUUUCUGCUUUGACAUGGGACGGAUGGUGGGUUUGUUGACUCUCGUUUGCUUUGAGAGGACCAUUCUGCUCGUUUUUGAUGAUGCGUGCGGAUACCCAGAUUAUGUUCCUCAUGUUCUUCUGCUUGAAGGGACGCUUUGGGCCUGCGGUCUCGCUGGGAUACGUGAUCGUCGCGAUGUCGCGAGCAGGAGACUUGUGGAACUCUGCCGUUGGCCAACGAGCCGUGCAUCAGAAAGCAUGUACGAAUAUGAAUGAUGAGAUUCCAUCAAUGCGAAUUGUGUCGCCGUAUCGUCUUUCCAUCGUUUGCCCGGCGAUGUUUCAAAGCUGAUGUUCCUGGCGACGUGCAUUUAAUGA